CUGAAUCAUAAUCUAUAUUUCGCUAGACUUAAAAAAUCCCAUCCAUUCUCGUUAAAGUUUUAAGGAUCUAUAUAUUUUGGGCCCCAUUACAUUUAAAUGGUCGAAGCUCUUCACUAGACCAAUAUUUUGUUUUGCAGGUGACCUGAAAAAGGUAUUUACGGAAAGGUAUGCGAAACCAAUUAAAUAACGGUUAGCGCGGAAAAUACGUCAAAUUGACAGCUGUUGAGCUUACCUAACUGUGAUCGGUGGAUUACGAAAAAACGAGGUGAAAAGGUAUGCCUACAAUUUUACCUGUGCCCGCUAUAAGAGCACUCACAGAAGCACAGAAAGCCACAGUUACAAACUGAAGCGUCUAACGUCAACAACCAAAUAAAGAAAGUCACCGAACAACGUUCAAAGGCACAACGAGAUGAUAGUAAAUACGGCCGCCAUGAACAGUGAAGAUCUUAGCGAGCUACUGCAGCUGAAUGCGGAGAUCGAGGAGCGCCGCCGGUCUAGCCGACACGGAGAGGCCAGGAACGCAUGCGGCUUGCUUCGGGCUACAAUGACCCGGGAGGAGCUCUUCGAGAUCUCCUCCCUGGACGACGAUCGCUUCCUGACAGCCCUGGAGCAUCAAAACUCGUACAUGACACCGCGCCGAGUUCAGGUUACCGACCUGGAUUUAUCCAGUAUCGAGAAUCUUAUGAAGUACUUCGACGAAGAGGUACCUGUAACACCCACCAAAACACUGGGGGCCUCCAAGGCAGGCGCCACAGGAAAAGUGGCAAACAUCAUUGCGAAGCUGCGCCACCAGUUGGAUACGGUUUCUCCCGAUAAGCCGAAGAUGGGUAGUGGUAACCUAAAGAUAAAUGAACUCAAGCAGAAGUACGAACAGCAGUCGGAGAUGGAUACCCCACCUCCAGCACAUCUGAGACCUAGAAAGUCGUCCGCUUUACUGCCCAUAAAAGUGAAGGAGAUGGCCCAGCUGUUCAACUCGAAGAUUAGCCAGGUAAUAGGUCGCGGAGAGGAGCCGCACUACGUUCAACUGCAAAACGAGCUCUCCCCGGAGCCCAAGCCCCAAUACCACCUGGAGUCGGGGCAAGGACCCUGCUUAGUGGCCGAGGAUGUAUUUCGCGAACUGAGCGUGAAGGACAAGGCGCUUCUGUUUAAUAAAUUCAUUGGCGACAUGGCGGCCAAACAUCCCAAAUUCACCGCACAUGCGGCGGAUCUCAAGGCGCAGGUGAAUAAGCAGAUGGCCCGUGGCGAGGUUGUAGCGGAAAAGCAGGUCAGCGUUAAGCAUCUAGCUCAGGAGUUGGAAGCGAAGUGUAUUUUGGACGGAUCGCCACCACGGCCGAAAGAAGUUUCUCCUCCCAGGCCGACUGAAGGCAAAACCGAUACAAUCACUUCUCAGCUCCAUGUAAGCACACUUACUGUGAUCCUGAAGCCAAAUUUGGAGCGUCGGGUCCCACAUACACUGACUCGUCGUUGCUUGGAGCGUCAGAGCGAGAACCACAAUCAAGAGCGAUCCCAAAAACGUAACCUUGCGGAGAUACGUACUGUCUUGACAACGGAGGCCUAUGCGCCGCCCAAGAAAAUCCGACGCACUCGGCAAGAGCGCACCGGAUGUGACAGCCAAGUGUUUUUUCAGAAUGAGCAGCUUGAGACCCUUUUCUACAGUUGGCUAAGCACAGAAAAUGGAGUGCAGUUUGAUAUAACUUGUGUAUCCAACGGCCAGCAGCCCAUAGAAAUAGCCACCGAGGAGGGGGAGUACCUGGAGCAGACCAUACUGAAGCCGAACGCCGUCGAGAUGGAAGAGGGGAGCCCAAAGUCCGCUGUUGAUCGGCUCCUGGAGGAGGCCAUAGCCAAACUGGAGCUGGAAAAAUCACUAAAAGGAGAAAAGAAGGAGAAUAUAGCUCAAGAUCAGAUCAUCCAAGAUACUCCGCGACUCAUUAAACGUCAGGCUCCACCAGUGCCUGCGAAACGUCUAAGUCUGAGUCAAACCCAUUCCAGUGCCUCCAGCUGCAAGCAAUCCGAGGCUGAAGAGAGUGAAUCCGGAUUGUCUACUCUACCCAAGAUUACAAGUGACGAAUCACAGCUAGAGACGCCAAAAGAAGGCUUGCAGCCAUGUGACUUUGACUUUGUUAAGCCCCAGCGGCCGCCUCGUAAGAAGAAGAUGCGUCGAACUCUAACUUGGAAGAAGGAAAACUCCAUUGUGGAGGCCACCGCGAUCACCUCAACCGACUCCGAUUCGGAUUACAAGCCGCCCGUUUUAGCACAGGCCAAAAAAAAAGCGAUUGCGAGCUGCAGUUUUCCACUGCCUGAACAAAGUUUUAUUGAGUUGGACAAGUCCCUGAUGCGCCAUGUGAACUCGCCACGGAAAAUCAAGUCAGCAUACACCCUAACCGUAAUGUCAUCUCCCUCGCCAAAUGCGGACAGCGAUCAGUCACCAACUCAGACACCAAGGCAGUCCCUUGCGCAAACGAUGAGGGACAGUUUUGUGGAUCAGGGCUUCGAGACGUGCUCGAAUGAUCCCAUGGACAGUAGUCCGCUACGCCGAUCCUCGAUAGGUGUCUUGGACUCGAAGCCUUCGUGUUUUUCUACUCCCAUUAAAAGCCGUCAUGCUGGCAGUCCGGUGCAGCAACAACUGUUCAGUCCCAUUCCCGUCCAGGAAAGGCCUCGUCGUAGUUCUGUGGCCAUGCAGGUGAUUCGGGAGGAUCAUCCGCUAGAUAUAGACGCCACAUCCAGCUCGCCUUCUACUCCCUGCAGUGAGCGUGAGUUCUUCGCUAAUGCCCCGACUGUCGAGAUGAACUCUCAGGAUGAGAUUCAAGCCAGCAAGUCACAUUCGGUGUUCUGGAUCACAUCCGGGGAUUUCACUGUCUCAUUAGAAAUCUUCCAAAACAGUCCUGAGCGCCUUCGUCUGCUUUAUGAGAUCUUUACGCAGAAGAGCUUGGAGACUCGAGAUCUUGCCUUCGGAAUCGACGGGCACAAGUUUAUCCACGGAUGUAGAAACUCCGACGCCGGCGGACAGUCGCUGCCCGAACGCCCACCCAGCGUAAAGGGCUGCUCCCAUUACUGGUUCGCCAGCGGAGACCUUGCCGUGCCAUUCAGCGGAAAACUAAUGUCCAACGAGAAAAUUGAGCGGUUAUUCGCAUUUCUCACCGGAGAACAGACCCCGUUACGCUUCGGCGUGGACAACAUUGAAUUCAGCAGCGUUCCUGAAUUCUGGCCCACUACCCAGAAGUAUUCGAUUGAGAGCUGCUACAGCAUGCUGGUGGGACUGCAGACAGGCGCCAGCAACGGCCUGGAAGGGCGCAACAAGUACUCCUGGCCCAACAAUAACAUCAACGUCAACCAGGCAAUUAAAACUAGCGACUUAGAUCAGACAGAGUUGGAAACCGAUAGCUUCAGCAACAAUAGCGGAAGGCUGUCGUUUUCGCCCGACAUAUUUACCCUGGACUAUGAGGCGGUUCCCCUAGAUGAACUAUUCGCCAAGGCGGCUCCAGUUGAUGGAGCACCAGUCAUGUCUGUGCCGCUGAUGAUGCAGACCCUGAAGCAGCAGCAAUGCAAGCUUCGCAAUGUGGAGCAGCGCAUCCGCUGCUACGCUAGACCCUCCAAUUUGACGGACGCCUCGUUGGAGCACUGCCGCAAUACGCCGCAGUAUGUCCACAAGCUGCGCUCCAUCGUCCGAGCUAUAGAUAACAUCGGACGCGAUGAAGGGUUCCGGAGCUGCUCAAUGGAGCAGCUCGAGAGCUUCAUGUAUUUUCUCAGCGAAUAUGCGGAUGUGUGCCUAGCCAAUUGCAGCGACCACAUGGACAAGAUUCUCGACACACUGAUGGAUCGAAGGGCCGUGGAAGUUUGAGCGGUGGUGUGAUAGCAUUAUAAUUUGACUUUAUAAUACGGUUUCUUACCAAUUAGAUUCUACAGAUUAACAUAAAAUGUUACAAAUCUACACAUAAUAAAUUUUACAGAGAAAAUUUAA